AUGGCUGAGAUAGCGCGGAGCUCUAGAGAACAGGGAGGUCCAUCUGUAGCUCAGGGAUGUAGCAUAGAGAAAUUUAUGAAGAUGAACUCAUCAGCAUUCUCUAGAGCAGCCGACCCUGCAGUUGUAGAGAAUUGGAUGCAGGAAGUGCAAAAGAUCUUGACAGUACCUCACUACACAAAUGAACAGAGGGUUCUGUACACUACGUAUAAACUAGCGGGGGAGGAUGAGAGAUGGUGGACAACUACUAGACUAUUGGAGGAGCAGAGGACGACUCUAGUGCCCAUGACUUGGGCCUGUUUCAGGGAUAUAUUCUUCGAUAGAUACUAUCCUACCUCAGUUAAAGAGGCUCGAGUGAGGAGACUACUACAGGGUGAUUUCCAGGGGUAUGUUGCAUACAUAAAAGAUUUGUCAAAAGAAAAACUAGAACAAGUUGAUAUACCCGUGGUGAGAGAAUUUCCAAAUGUCUUUCUGGAAGAAUUGUCUGGCUUGCCACUAGACCGAGAGAUCAAGUUUACUGUAGAUCUAUUAUCGGGGUCAGCCCCGAGUUUUCAGGAAUUAAAGCGACAGCUAGUUUCUGCUCCUGUAUUAGCUAUUCCAUCAGGGGAGGAUGAGUUUGAAAUAUACAGUGAUGCCUCUUUGAUGGGUCUUGGAUGCUUGUUGAUGCAGCAUGACGAGGUUAUUACGUAUGCAUCUAGACAGCUUAAAAAGUAUGAGAAGAGCUACCCCGUGCAUGAUUUGGAGUUAGCUGCUGUGGUUUAUGCUUUUAAGAUAUGGAGUUGCCACCCAGGAAAAGCGAAUGUGGUAACUGAUGUUCUGAGCAGGAAAUUCGUGGGUCUAGCAUUGGUAGUCAUGGAGAUUCAGCAUGCAAUUUUGAUGGAUUUGGAAAUGCUCAACAUAGAUUUAGUGGAGGAUAGUCCUCAGGCAUUUAUUGCCAGUUUGGUGGAUGCCCAUCUUCUGACAAGACUCCCCAAGGGCAUAGUCUGA